GUCAGAUUUGUUGUUGAGUGCUGAGUGGUUGUGUAUUACACUUGGCACAGUUUGAAAAUCAGUGACAGAAUGUUGGUCUUAACGUAAAUUAUAAAUAAAAAUAAAUAUUAUAUAUAGUUGCAAUAGUUAUUGCUGUGCACUAACUACACACGAUGGCGUUUGGUCCCAAAGCUCAUACAGCGUAAUACCAUACAAGCUGUCUAAAGCACGCCACAAAAAUUGAGUCAUGGAACCACAACCAUAUGUUUCGUGCAUCAAAGUUAACGGAGUACCUAUUCUUCCUCCUCUGAUGACGGACGACAUCAGGUCAGAAGUAAAUUAUUAUAAACAGCUAGCUAUUGCAAUAGAAAAGAGAUUGAAAAUAUUAAAAAUUACACAAAAGGCUGAACCAGAUGAAUGUACAAAAGACAGUAUGCAAAACUGUAAAUCUUCAGAUAGUAAAGUUUUAAGAGGAUCUCCUUAUGGUUCUGCAACUGAAGAUUCUUGUUACACCGAGACUGAGUCAAGCACAGUGGAAUCCGUACAAAAUAUUGAAACUGUUAUCAAUUUGCGGAGUAGGGAAUGUUCACAAGAUCUUGACCUUCGCAGUGUGGGUACAAGCUGCAAUGAAUCUUCAUCAGGAAUAAUCAAUCAAUCCUUUGAGUCAGUGGAUAACAAUGAAAGUAAAUGUAAAGUUGAGAAACUCCUUGUCACCAGCACAUGUUCAGACAUGAUCACUGCCAGUACGGACUUGAAUCAAUACCUACAAGUAUCACCACCUGUCCAAGUGAACACUGAAACUUCGCCUGAGCUUAUGAAACCUCGAGUACCCAAGACAUUAGAUAUUAUACCGAUAACUGUAGAAGUCCCCAACCGUGAAACUGAGAGCUAUUUGUCCGCUGAUAUGUCCAGAACAGACACACCACCUCAACUAGUAAGGCAAGGUUCAUACAUUUUAGAUGCUCCAAGUCCAAUGUUAUUGGCUCAUUUGCAAACAGAACUAGCAAGUCCUGGCUAUGUUCCAACGACACCAACUACCUCAAUGAAACGCAAAGAAUGGAACAUAUCACAAGCAAGAAGUGAAUGGGAGAAUCAAAUAAAGAAUGCAGAAUUUGUCAUCCCAAAAAAUUCUAAGAGUCAUUUUAAUCAGCCAAAAUGUAGAAGAAACAGUAUGUGUACCGUGAAUAAUCAAAAGAUGUCCAUACCGCAUGCCAGAAAUAAUUCACCUCUUGAAUCACAUCGGUCGGCUAGGUCUGUGGACUGCAUACAAACUAUGUUGGCUAAAGAAUCAAUGUGUAGAUCAUCAAACCAAAUUCAGUAUAAUCAGAAAGACAGCAGUAAGACCAGCUCUCCAAUGAAAAGUAACAAUCCUCACAAACGAAAAUUGGGUAGAAACGUACCCUUUCUAAACUUAGUCAAUAGACUUGGAGGCUCCAUGGAUGAUCUGACGUUCUUUGGCGGUCAAUAUUAUCGAGUAAUGGAUGUAAAAAAUAGUCAACUUCGAUCAAUGAUGAGUGAGGCUAAGCUAAGUGGGCAGAGUCCAUCCAGAUCUGAAGCUACGUCUGAAAAAGUAGUUAUUAUUUUUAAAGAAAUACAGAGAAAACAUGAAGAGCAAAUGGCAAACCUCAUAGCCAAGCAACAAAAAGAGCAAAUGAAUAUGCAAAAGGAAUUUGAAAAACAACAAGUCCUUUUGUUGAGUCAAAUAAAAAAAACAUUUCCAUUUGUUUCAAUACCACAAGCUAUCCACUCAACUAUGGGUGUUUUUACUGAUGUACCAAGUGGUCACACCAAUAUUCCAAACAUAGAUUUGGAUUCUCGAAAAAGACGGAAUACUGUAGAUUCUUCCAUUAUCGACGAUUCAUCUACCAAUGUCAAAUGUCCCCUUGAUUAUAUUUUUCCUCUUGCUAAAGACUGUGAUAUUGCAUCUUGUAACAAUGAAAGCAUGCAGUUGAAUAAAAAAACAUUAGAUGUCAAUAUAUUGAGAAGUAAUGAAAUUACCUCUGAAGAGAAUACUCCGGUGGAAAGAUCUGGGGAAUUUGCAGACAUAUAUUCAAAUGUUAGCCGAGAAUUAUUCCCACUUGAUAGUAAUACUAUCCAAGUUCCAGUUCCAGUCAACACUUUGUACACCGCAAAUCAUAUAAAAGCUUCAACCAUAAUAAAUGCUUAUGCAAGAGGAUAUUUGAUACGCAGAUUAAUGAAAACCGAGCGUGUUAUUGCUUUGAAGAGUAUAUAUAAAGAAGCUUUGCAUUGCAUGCUGAAGCUUCAUGUGGACGCACCGCUCAAUUUACCUGAAUUAAACUUUCAUCAACGGCUUCAGUUACAAUGUGACGCAGCCUCAAUGAACAUAACUGAGCUGUUUGCUCAAAGUCCCGAGGAACGGAUGCAAGUUAUAUCACAAGAUCGAGAGAUCAAACGCUCGCGUACAGAAAGACCCUGCUCUGCCCAUUCCUACUCAUUUGCGACCCAGCGGACUCUUGCCCGGAAAAAACUAAAGGAAGUAGGACAUCAUCCAUUGUCACCAGUCAGUAGACCCUGUUCGGUACGAAGCCGAUGUCAAACAUGGGGCUCUAAUUCUAGGGAGAAACGUACGCAUAAUAUCUAUCAUGGAAUUAAGCGAAGUACUAGUGCAGGAACAGUGCGCAAACCAUGGAGAUGAAACACUAUCUUGGUGCCUUUAAAUAUUAAAAAAAUAUUUUUUUGUACGAAAUUUUGUACCGCUAAGUAUAAUUCCGCACAGUGCCUUGCCAUUAUUUGAUUUGUAAUAAAUGCAAUUUUCAGCUAGUA